AUGAACGGUUGGGGCAAUUCGCAAUUGUUACCGAUCGAUUCCGAAGGCAGUGCUCGGCAGGCUCCGCCUAUUGGGAGGCGCGGUGCUGCUUCGGGAGCUAACACAGGCGCCGGUCGAAGCGGUUCUUUUGAUCUGCCCCCCUCCCCGCGGCGCGCAAGCGUAGGCCCAGAUAACGAACGCACACAAACUCAUAACGCUCCGCGCGCUCUCCCAAGCCGGUUGUCAGCACGAACCGGUUUUGUGACGACACCUGAGUGA